AUGGCACGCACACACAACAUCGUACAACUCGCAGCGCACCACCGCCCAGCUUGCCCCGCCCCGUUCGCACCACUCCGCCGCCAUCCAUCUCCGACCAACUCGAGGGCGUACUCGAGACCCGCUGCGGCUGCGACGACCAGGCAGAGACACGGCAAGACUCGGCUGGGCAGCUGGAUCACCGCCGGACAGGCGCAGGCAAAGGGCCAGCGAUCAUUCCAUGCGUCUAGUCGACAGCUCGCAAAGAACCCGUACUCGGUCCUCGGCGUAGGAAAGGAUGCUUCGACGAGCGAGAUCAAGAAGGCGUACUACCAGCUCGCCAAGAAGUACCACCCCGACUCGAGCAAGGAGCCUGGCGCGAAGGAGAAGUUUGUCGAGAUCCAGGAGGCCUACGACACCCUCUCGGACGACAAAAAGCGCGCCGACUUCGAUCGCUUCGGCUCCGCCUCUCAACAACCGGGCUUCGACUCGGACGCCUUCGCGCGCGCCACGUCCUCAUUCGGCGGCGCAGGCUUCGGCGACUUCUUCGGCGGCGGCGCAGGAGGCGCUUCAGGCGCCGACAUCUUCGAGUCGUUGUUCGGAGCGUUUGGGCGCGGCGGCGCGGCGGGACCACGACAGACCCAGCCUGUUGGCGACGACAUUGACGUUUCGAUCUCUGUUCCGUUCAUCCAAGCCGCCAAGGGAACGAGCAAGACGAUUCAGACCAGUCCCGUCGUCGACUGCCACACCUGCCAUGGCUCGGGCCUGCGAGAAGGGAUGAAGAAGACGACGUGCGGCUCGUGUGGCGGUACGGGGACGAGGACGUUCACGAUCCAGAGCGGGUUCCAGAUGGCUAGUACGUGUGCGGCGUGCGGCGGGUCGGGGAGCGUUGCGCCCCCUGGAUCGAACUGUGGGACUUGCGCUGGCGUGGGCAAGGUCAGGGAGAGGAGGAGCGUAGAGGUCAAGAUCCCUCCUGGUGUUGACGACGGCAUGCGGAUCCGACUCGACGGGAAGGGCGACGCGCCCAUCGGCGGAAAGGGGCGGAACGGCGACUUGUUCGUGCGGAUCAACGUCCAGCCCAGCAAAGUCUUCACUCGCCAAGGGUCGAACCUAUACGAGACGGUCAGCGUGCCGUUCUACACUGCGAUCCUGGGAGGUCGCGCGCCGGUCAAGACGCUCGAUAGGGAUGUCGAGGUCAAGGUCCCGCAGGGGACGCAGCCGGGCGAGGAGAUGGUGUUGCGAGGACGCGGCGUGAAGAAGUUGUACAAGGAGGAGUAUGGCGACUUGAUCGUCCGGUUCAACGUGUCGAUGCCGAGGUCCCUCACGCCCAUCCAGCGCAUGAUUCUCGAGCAAUACGUCCGCGAGACCGAAGAGCCCGGCUCCUCGUCCACCUCGCCCUUCACUUCCUCUCCCUCUCCCGACUCUCCCCCCUCCCCGCCUCCAUCCGACGCUCCCACCCCUCAAAAGCCCCGAGUAGACACCGACGCCCCCGGCUUCACACAACAAGCCCGACCGCCGCCUGAGGAUGCCGAGACGGGCGGGCAGAAGUCACAGUGGUGGGCGAGUUUGGGGGACGACAUCACUUCUGCGCCGAAGCGCGAGGGGAAGGAGGGGAAGGAGGUUGAGGAGGAGGAAGUGAGGCAUGCGAAGGAGGUGUUUGAGGAGAUUGCGAAGGAGGAGGUGAAUAACCUCGAGAAGGAGAAGGCGAAGGGUAAGAAGGGCGUCAAGAAGGAAGGAGAGGAGGGAGAGGACGGUCAUUCGUUGCUGGGCGACUUGUGGAAAGCCGGCAAGAAGAAGGUCAAGCAGGCGAAGAAGGCGGUCUGCGACGGUGACAAGCAGGACGCCAAGCCCAAGGAGGAGCAGCCCGACUCGAAGAAGUGA